AUGGAGAGCUUCCCCGGAACAGGCGACGACGUCCAUGGCUCUGUGCCGGAUGCGUCCCGCACGACUCUCGCCUCUCCAAUCCAACCGGAGCCUGUCUCCGGGCAAACAAUCUCGCGAUCCUCACCAUUGUUGCAGAACCGAUCAUCACUACCACCGCGAGCGCACCCAGGUGGCCGACAUGCGAAACGGUUGACCUUGAACUUCCCCAUCAACGUUCCGUUGGACCAGCCGCCAUCCGCCACUGACCCCACCUUCGACUCGUCCGUCCCCGCCACUCCUGGUGCUCCUAUUCCCUUGGAUGUCGACGAUGAUGGCAUCGAUUUCCUUCGAGCCAUCGCCCUCCAAGAGCGGAGGGUGAUGGAGCUCCGGGAAGAGCUGUCACGGGCCGAGACGGACCUGUCAACUCUCAAGAAACAAUGGGCGCAGUCGGAGAAGUCGAGGAAACGCACCGAAAUCAGCCUUCAUGCUGAACCGUUGCUGCCACUGCGAUCUCCCGACCUUAAUGCGCCGGAGGCAUCCAGCCCGCAUCGCCGGGAACAAAGCGUGAGCUCGGUCGGAAGCUCGUCGGUAUCACAAGAACGUAUCAGCCGGGAAUUGGAUCGUCGAAGUAUCAUCCGUCCCACUUUAGCUAAGGGUACUACUAUCUCAGCCAACGGGCGGCGUGUCUUCCAAGGCUCUCACACGCGCACAUUGUCUCUCUUGUCUCCAGUGACAGCCCAGAGCCCUUCUCUUGGCGGCCCCGGUUCGUCAGAGGCUGAGCGUGUUGGCCGCGCCCGCGGUCAGCUACAUUGCCGUCUGUUGAGCGUCACAAUGCCCCUAUGGCAGAGGACUCUGCCGCCUCCAUCGCGCGAGGCACUCAUGCGUACGGGCAAACAGAUGGCUUCCGAUCUGCGCGAGGGUCUCUGGACAUUCUUCGAGGACAUCCGACAAGCAACAGUGGGCGAAGAGGGUAUCAACGCGACCGAAUCACGGACUAUGUCACAAUCCAGCUCGUUAACACCGUCGAAUUCACGCAAGCGCGAUUCUUUGGCCAAAUCCCAAAGUCGAGACCGGCUAUCAGCCGCAGGUAGUGACACCAAGCCGGUGGACAUUUCCUCGUCUUUCUGGCAUGAAUUCGGCGUUGAUUCACCGGCGCAGACGUCGACAGGCGCUCAUCGCAGUCCCUCCGACAACACAAUCGCCGCAACGACCCCACGGCGCGCGAACGAGUCCGAGCGAACAAAUCACCACUCCAGCAGUCCAGCCGCGGAGGAUGAUACGGCCGACAACUGGGAUUUGCGGGACACGCCGCUUCCCACGUCCAAAAUGACGCAUACGCCCUCGUCCAGCCGGUCAACAGUAGAGUCCUUGAAGCAUGAUCAGUCGCCCGGAACACAAAGUAGCAGUCCCCGAACGAGUGCCAGCUUUGGCGAAUGGAAUCCCAGUUCCGCCGCCCCCGAUCCCAGCGUGACCGAAGGUAUCCCCUGGCCCACUAUCACCAAGUUGGCCCCGUCCAAGCUACAACGUACCGCCUCCAACCUCAUGGCUGAGUGGGAGCGCAGUCUCUCGCCUUCACCCGACCGAAAGGACUCGUCGUCCUCGUCCAGCCGAAGCAAGAGUAGCAAGAAGGACUGA